ACAAUUCCUCACCAUUCACUCUCUGUAGAAUCUAUACAUAUACAUAUAGACACAUACUGAAAUCAAUGGCGCGCACAAAGCAAACAGCUCGGAAAUCCACAGGCGGCAAGGCUCCAAGGAAGCAGCUAGCAACAAAGGCGGCGAGGAAGUCCGCUCCGGCGACCGGAGGCGUGAAGAAACCACACCGAUUCCGCCCAGGGACGGUGGCACUGAGGGAAAUCAGGAAGUACCAGAAAAGCACAGAGCUUCUGAUCCGGAAACUACCAUUCCAGAGAUUAGUCAGAGAGAUUGCUCAGGACUUCAAAACUGAUCUCCGGUUCCAAAGCUCCGCCGUGGCCGCUCUUCAGGAGGCGGCAGAGGCGUACCUGGUGGGGCUUUUUGAGGAUACAAAUCUGUGCGCAAUUCAUGCUAAGAGGGUAACUAUUAUGCCUAAGGAUAUUCAAUUAGCUAGAAGAAUUAGGGGUGAAAGGGCUUAGAUUUUAGGGUCAGGUUUAAUUAUUGCCCUCAUCUUCUAUAUGCUUUAUUGUACUGGUUUGGAAAUUAGAUUAGGGAUGGAAGUGUAAUGGAUCUUUAACUGUAGGGUCUGAAUUGAAAAUUAUAAUUGCAGAAAAUCACUUUUGCAUAA